AUGGUCGCUUUAGACAUAAUCAAUCAUUUGUUUAAUUUCCUGAUAGGUAAACUUGGAGAGGGGACCUACGCCAAGGUCAGAAGAGCAUACAGUUACAACGAAAGAUGCCGGGUUGCAAUCAAGAUCGUGUCCCGUUCCCGCCUCAACGCCCGCUUCCAGCAGAAAUUCCUUCCUCGAGAGCUGAAGAUCGUGCGGACCAUGCGACACCCGCAUAUCAUUGAACUCCUAGAGAUGUUCGAAAGCAACGGUGUCAUCUUUCUCAUCAUGGAGUUGGCUAGGCAUGGGGAUCUUUUGGAGUAUGUCCAGAAAAAGAACGCCUUAAGAGAUUCUGAAGCAAGAACCGUCUUCAGCCAGAUCUUAUCAGCCAUAGAGCAUCUUCAUCUACAUGGUGUCUUUCACAGAGAUCUGAAAUGUGAGAAUAUCCUUCUUGAUUGGGGGCCGACGGGGAUCAUGGCCAAAUUGACUGAUUUCGGGUUCGCGAGGGAGUGGUGCGAGGCUUUUAAACCCUGUUCGACGUUCUGUGGCAGUGCUGCGUAUGCUUCACCAGAGGUUCUUCAAGCGAUUCCUUACGAUCCGCACUGGGCAGACAUCUGGAGCUUGGGGGUUGUGCUUUAUAUCAUGGUGAGGUUUUUUUUUAUCACAGGUAGAAUGCCAUUCGAUGACAGCAACAUCAGAGAGGCUCUCGAAGACAUGCAUAACAACCGUCUCAACUUCACUCGACGUCGUCUCAUCUCCAUCGAGGUCCAGCGCCUCCUCCGUGCCAUCCUGACGUACGACCCUCGUCAACGGCCAGGGGUCCAAGAGAUUCGGGACAGUCCAUGGAUGCGAGGCCGAUGCACAAUGGCCAAACCUUCGCCGAGAAUCUCGUCGAGUGUGGGAGGGGUUUAG